GUCUUCUUUUUUUUUCUUUUAUUACUCUUUCAUCAUGUUUCGUCUUUCUGGUGCUGCUCGUACUUAUGCUCAACGUUGCUUUUACUCUACUAGCUAUGAGCAUCUCAGUGCCCGUAAACAGUCUUUGAUUGCUAGUUCUGGUAUUUAUCCUUCUGGAUUUCGUGCCAGUGGUGUGGCUGCUCUUAUUAAGAAGAACAAGAACAAAGAUAUAGCACUCGUUGUGUCUGAUUUACCUUGUUCUGGUGCAGCUGUGUUUACGACCAACAAAUUCCAAGCAGCUCCUGUGCUUGUCAGCAAAGAAACCUUGGAACAAAACAACAACCAACUCUAUGCUGUCGUGACCAACUCAGGCUGUGCUAAUGCAGUGACAGGUGCUCAGGGUAUUCUGGAUGCUAAGAAAAUGCGUUCUGUAAUGGACGAGCUUGUCCAUCAACCCAACAGCGCCUUGACCAUGUCUACGGGUGUGAUUGGCCAGAACUUGCCUAUGGACAAAAUCGAGUCUGGUAUUCGUGAUGCCUUCACCAAGCUCUCAGAUCAACAUCAAGAGGGCUGGAUGCAUGCUGCUGAGGCCUUUAUGACCACAGACACGUUCCCCAAGUUGCGUUCAGGUGAAUUCGAUUUACAGGAACAAAAAUUUAGAAUAGCUGGUAUUGCAAAAGGUGCAGGCAUGAUUCAUCCCAAUAUGGCCACGCUUUUAGGGUUCAUGGUCACAGAUGCUUAUGUCAAGCCUGACUUGCUUCAAAAGGCACUCAAGUACGCUGUUGACAGAAGUUUCAAUUCAAUCAGUGUUGAUGGCGAUAUGAGUACGAAUGAUACCAUCUCUGUCUUGGCCAAUGGUGCUUCCAAGGUCCGUAUUGAAUCUGAAGGCCCUGAUUAUGAAGCCUUUAGAGAUCGUUUGACUGCAUUUGCUGCUGAAUUGGCUCAGUUGGUCGUGAGAGAUGGUGAAGGUGCUACCAAGUUUGUCACGAUUCAUGUCAAGGGUGCUGAAUCGUUUGAGAGUGCUAAGCAAGCUGCUUCUCAUAUCUCGACUUCUAUGCUUGUCAAAUCUGCUUUGUAUGGGCAAGAUGCUAACUGGGGCAGAAUUUGUGCUAGUCUUGGUCACAGUGGUAUUGAUGUAGAUCCUAAGCGAGUCAGUGUUACUUUUGUUCCUGCUGAUGGCAGCCAGGACCUCCAAUUGAUGGUCAAGGGUGAACCUGAACAAGUGGACGAAGCAAGAGCUUUGGAGAUUUUGAAGAUGGAAGAUUUGAACAUCCAAGUUGACCUUGGAUUAGGCUCAAGCGAGACCAAGUUUUGGACAUGUGAUCUGAGUCAUGAAUAUGUCAGUAUUAAUGCUGAUUAUCGUUCAUAAGAUGCGAUAAAUUGUAUGUGUGUGUAUGUGUGUGUGUAUUAAAAGCAGUUUAUUUACAUGUAA